UAUAAACCUCUCUCCCUCUCUCUCUGUAUGCCCUGCGCAGCUGUCGUCGCGCGCAGUAGUAACUCGGAUCCGCGCGCUUGUUCGUGGCGCACUGAUUGACCGAACUCUGGCGCUCCGUUGCCACCGGAAUGUUGUCCCGCGCUCGUUUACUUCUUUAACACGAGCGAGCGCGGCACUUGUAGCCCGAGGGAGAAGACGAAGGUGAUCAUGAGUUGUUUGGAUGUUAUGUUCCCAGCCUAUGGACAUUACACACCGUACGCGCCAACUGCCUCAGCCUUCAUCAGCAGUCUGCCGGCUCCAGUUGGUGUGAGAAGCCCAUCUCCUUGCUCGCGGGAGUUCAUGGAGAGCGUGGGCACAUCGCGGUGCACCGACAGCACCUCCGCAGGCGCACCGGCGCCACCGUCCUCCUCCUCUUCCUCCUCUUACACAGCCGCAUCUCCGGCCGAGGACGGCCCCAAGGAGAAACGGGAAAUCCCAGAGGCGGAAUACCUGAACUCCCGCUGCGUCCUCUUCACCUACUACCAGGGGGACAUCAGCAGCGUGGUGGACGAACACUUCUCACGGGCGCUCAGCGCGUACAUGGAGGGCGAGGGCAAGAGGAGGGCAGCAGAAGCAGCCUCUCCUAUCAACCGGCGCAGUUUCCCCCCAUCCUUCUGGGACAGUAACUACCCCUCGCCACCCACCCGAGGCCACUGUGACCCUGGGGCUUACUCCAUGGACCACUACGCUCAUGGUGCGCUGCACCCCGGCCUUCCCCACCCGCACGCCCACCCCCACCCCCACUCGCACCCGCACGCCCACCCCUCAGAGUCCUGGAGCUACUCGCAGAGCCAGGCGUACGGGCCCCCAAGGCCUCUCCAUGAACUCUACUCCCCCUCAGGCCUGGACCCCCACUACGGCCCCCUGCUUAUGCCCGCUGUCAGGCCCCCACAUCUGGGCCCCCUCCCCGGCCACUACGAGGUGGGGAAGCUGGAGCACACCACCACGUGGCCCGGCCUGCUGCCCGCCAGCGACGUAGCCCAGACACUGGCCCUCAACAUGGACCCAGGCCUCCAGCACCAGAAGAAAGGCAAGGAGCUGUACUGGUUUUAACGACCGGCCGUCACAUCGACCAGCUAUUCGCUCGAUCCAAUUAGGCCCUGGAGUUGGUCCCACUGAAGAGCUGUGUCCUUUCAUCCCCACCCCCUCAGCCUCUACUCCCCCUCCGACCCCCCCCCCCACCCCCACGAAGCCACAGCAACACUCCAGCUUCGGAUGUGUGCACCAUGGAGAUAAAGAGGGGACCGGUGGGGAGGAGAGACACGGAGCCAGCCCUGGAUACUGCUGGACUCUCUCGCUCGCUCUCUUUCUCUCUAUUCCACCCUCUCUUCUUCACCUCCUCCUCUUGGCCUAUCUAGUGUGUGUGUGUGUGUGUGUAUGUGUGUGUGUGUGUGUGUGUGUGUGCGUGUCUGUGUGUGUGUGUGUUGGAGAGAAGCUCAGCAACCCUAAACAUAAUCCACUUGGACCCAGAGACAGAACAGAGACAUUUUCUGUUUGGAGGAAUUAAGAGACGACACAAAAACGGACAGUGAUAACCGACUCUAUUUUUGCCACUGUCCCGAUGUGGUGGUGGUGUCAUUUGUCCACACUGCACAGAUGGGGAUGCAUGGUCGGUCUAAAGAGGAGUGUGUUUGUGUGUGUGUGUGUGUGUGUGUGUGUGUGUGUGUGUGUGUGUGUGUGUGUGUGUGUGUCUGUGACUGUG